AACCGGACUCUAUUUAAGCAUGACGGUCUGCCUCCCUCACUCCCUUACACCUCCACCCGUCCCACUUCUCCGUACGCAAAUAAAAACACCAAAGGCACCAUGCACUUCUCUAUGUCCGCAGCAGCGAUAGUCGUUGCUGCCGCCUUCCUUACUGCAUCAGUCAACGGCCAACCCCCUUCCUGGAUACCCCCUUCCUGGAGACCCACCUCCACCCACAUCCAACGGCCUAGGCCAACCGCGGAUCCCACUCCCACUCCUGGCGAUGCUCCUCCACCUCGAGCCUUCGCCAACUUUGCCUUUUCUGAGCACCAGAAGCUAUUCAUCAGCAACGGCUGGUUCGGUUGGGCCUCAAACUGGAAGGGUAUUUACAAUGAGUUCCACUCCCUUGACUUGUCUGUGCCCUGGACAUCCGAUAAACCGGCCUGGGAGAAACUUGCCUACCGAAGCACUGGCGAGGGCGAAACUGCAGGGCAAUUCGGAAUCUCCAAGGACAAUAUGACCCUAUACUUCUUCGAUGGCAAAGUCCACAAGUACAACGUCAAGACUAACACAUGGGAUCUCAACAUCGACAGUGUUUUCACUCGUCCCCCAAAGAAUAUCUCUGAUGACCCCGCCUUGGACCUGCACAAGGGCAAAAUGUACCCCCAUGGCGACAUGCGUUCUUUCAAGGCCGAUGUUGCCACUGACCCCGAAACCGGAGUGAUGUACGGGUUUGGAGAGUCAAUUCAAGUGUGGGAUGAAGUAUAUCGAUGGAGGACUUCUCCAUAUGCUUCCAUAGCGACGUUUGAUCCGGCGACGAACAACUACACGCGGCCCUACGAUAACGAUGCGCAUCGUGUCAAGUUGUCCGAUAUCAGGUCCGGUGUAGUGAACUCGCUGGUGCUCAGUGCGGCUGCGAAGAAGCUGUAUGCAUUUAUGUGGGAGAUGGAUGAUGGCGAGAGUGCGUUGUUUGAAUACAAUAUUCUGUCCAUGAAGUGGACCCAGUUGAACACGACAGGAGAUAUCCCAUCUCCACGAGCAGGUCUUUGCUUUGCACCUGCCUACGGUGGCACAAAACUGAUCCUGGCUGGCGGAAGGUCCAGCACCGCUCCAGACGAUGAUACGAACGCGGCCCUGAACGACGUUUACCUGUAUGACGUCGCCACCUCCGUCUGGACAAAGAUGGCGAGUGCUCCUAGUCCCCACCACGGUGGCGUCUGCGCCGUCUCUGGCGACUCCUUCAUCAUCUGGGGAGGAUACAGCGCUUACAGCAACAAUAACGAGGUUAUCGUCGCAAACGAGGAUGGUCCUGCCAUUUUCAAUAUGUCCUCCAACACCUGGGGGACCACCUAUACUCCCACUCCUGUUGGCGCACGCUCUCCUUCUUUUGUAUCUCAAUAAAUGCGCAAUACUUUUAUGGCACCAUUGUUUGUAGUGUCCUGCUUUGUUGAGUAGACGGAUUUAAUCUUCUCGUUCUAGCCCUACUUUUUUUUUAUAUAACCGCGAACAAUUAGCUAAAGAACGGCUCAACGGCACUACAUUACGUUGCAU